GCGGUGGGGACACUUUGCAAUAGCCUUACAUGGAUGGAUCAUUAUUGUUUGGCAACUCAGAAGAUACCUCCAAAUUUUCCCGGAAAAUGAGAGAAACUCAGUAUUGCACCGCUCUUGUUCAUUGUUAGAUAACGAUAACUCAUCGCAAGCUUCAUGGGGUCUGGAAUCUGCCAAUGCCAUACCAUAAUCCUACGGUCCUCUUUCACUUUCAUGCGGUCUUCUCUGGAGCAGAUAUUUCUGUUCAUCAAUGAAAAAGUUGAACCGGACAAAUUCCAUAUGGUCUACCAGCAUCGCAGCUAGCAUUCAUACAUACCCAGAAAAGGAAAAACUGUGUAGUGCUGGUGUAUCAGGAAAAAUGAUGUUUAGUAAUAGAAAGAGAUCACUGUUGCGCAAAAUAUCCCCAUUGGAGCUUCUUCCUUGCAGUAUCUUCCGUACACGUGCAAGAGAGAAAGAUCAGAAAAUGGAUGAGAAGAGUGAAACCAAAGAGCCAUCAAGGUCUAAUCUGUCAUAUCCUUCUCAUCAAAUCAGCCCUACAGAGAAGAGGACACCAAUUGAAGUCUUUCAAGUGCCUGAAAGUUUAGGAGAUGACCAUUCCAAAGGAGAGAGAGAUGCCACUCAUGAUCAGGUUGGGGAAAAAUCAACCGUCACUUCCUUUUGUCCUGCUGCCAGCAUGAAAGCAUCUAAAAAGUGGAUGGCAUUUGAAGGUGAAAACUUAGAUAUAACAAAGACAUACACAAAGAGCUUCAGUGGUAGCUUUGGGUCAUCUUUUACUGAACUCUUGGAAACAACCAUGACAAAAAAGACUGCAGAGAAGAAUAAGAUUGGCGAUUUGUCGUCGUUGACGUAUGUUAUCUCAGAUGCAACAAAACCGGAUUGCCCCAUCGUGUUUGCCAGUGAUAGGUUCUUGGCUAUGACUGGAUAUACAUUGGAGGAGCUCAUUGGAAGGAACUGCCGUUUUCUUCAAGGACCGGAGACGGAUAAGAACGAAGUAGCAAAAAUACGAGAUGCAAUUGGAAAGGGGAAUAGCUACUGUGGCAAGCUCUUGAACUACAAGAAGAAUGGUACUCCUUUCUGGAAUCUUCUCACUGUUGGGCCUGUCAAGGAUUCCCAUGGCAACAUCAUCAAAUAUAUUGGAAUGCAGGUUGAAAUUGGCAAAAACACAGAAGAAAAAGAGAAGUCCACGAGGUCCAUGUCCAUGACAGAGGUCCAAGCUGAGAAGGUAAUUAGGUCCAUUGAGGUCGAGGCUGCGAAAAGUCUAAGAUCUUACGUUCAGUCAAAAAGACAUGAUGCAGAUAGAAAGCACGAAGAGCCAGAAACGACUGGCAAGAAUACUAGCACAGCUGAUAACCAAAAGGCUCGGUUCAAAGAAAGGACUCUAGGCUCUGCAGUCGAACGUGAAGAACAGAAAGUUGUUGAGACAUCUGUUUUCAAGCUUGGGGACGGUGAUCGUAUCGCUACAAGAGAAAGGGACAUACGUCAAGGAAUUCAGUUGGCUACCACAUUGGAACGAAUUGAGAAGAAAUUUUUUAUCACGAACCCAAGACUUCCUGAUAAUCCUAUUAUAUUUGCAUCUCAAAGGUUUCUUCAUUCCACAGAAUACACGUGUGAAGAAGUUCUAGGGAGAAACUUUUGGUUUCUUCAGGGACUUGAAACAGAUCAAGUAACUGUUUCAAAGAUAAACGAUGCCAUUGAAGAGCAAAGAGAAAUCACUCUUCAGAUGAUCAACUAUACAAAGAGUGGAAAAAAGUUUUUGAAUUUGUUCCACUUACAACCCGUGUAUGAUCAAAAGAAGGGCGAGCUUCAAUAUUUCAUUGGCGUGCUACUUCAUCUAAAACGUUCGAAAGACUGGCUUUUAGAUCAGAUGAAGCAUGAACGAACUAAGCUGGUCAAAGAUAUAGCAGAAAGUGUUGACCGGGCUGUUCGAGAACUUCCCGAUGCCAACUUGAAACCAAGUAAUUUCUGGGCAAUCUACUGUCAGCCAGUCUUACCAAGGCCUCACAAGAAGUACAGUCCUUCCUGGAUAGCCAUACAAAAGAUUACCAGUCAUGGUGAAAAGAUAGGACUCCAUCAUUUUAAGCCAAUAAAACCUCUGGGUUUUGGAGACAUUGGAAGUGUUCAUUUGGUAGAACUGAAUGGAACAGGUGAACUCUUUGCAAUGAAGGUUAUAGAGAAGUCAGUAAUAUUAAAUCGUAACAAGGUUCACCGAGCAUGCAUGGAAAGGGAAAUCAUAUCACUUUUGGAUCAUCCUUUCAUGCCAACACUAUACUCUUCAUUUCAGACACGUACACACAUUUUUCUGAUAAUGGACUUCUGCCCGGGCGGAGAGUUAUUUACGUUUCUUGACAAUCAGCCAAUGAAAAUGUUUAAAGAGGAAGCUGCUGGGUUCUAUGCUGCAGAAGUUGUCAUUGCUUUAGAGUACCUUCACUGUUUAGGUAUUGUCUACAGGGACCUAAAACCCGAAAACAUUCUACUCCAAAAAGACGGACAUAUCGUCCUCACUGAUUUCGAUUUAUCAUUUAAGACAUCGAACAUACAAACCACAAAAUCUCCACCCCGGAAAAGGAUUAAGGGAUCUUGGCAUAGAUUGGUGCCGACAUUCGUUGCUGAACCGAUUGUAGAACUGAAUUCAUUCGUAGGAACUGAAGAGUACAUUGCUCCUGAGAUCAUUAUGGGAGCUGGCCAUAAUAGUUCUAUUGACUGGUGGACUCUUGGUAUUUUGCUGUAUGAAAUGCUCUAUGGUCGCACACCCUUCAAAGGCAAGAACAGGAAGAAAACCUUCUCCAAUAUUUUGUUCAAGGACUUAACCUUUCCCCUUAGUAUUAAGGUGAGUCUUGCAGGAAAGCAGCUGAUUGAUGCACUACUACAGAGAGACCCUGCACGUCGUCUAGGAUCAAGUACCGGUUCCGAUGAAAUCAAACGACAUCCAUUUUUCCGUCAUAUAAAUUGGCCUAAAAUACGAACAAUGACUCCACCAUCAACAGAAGUAGCCCUUCAACUAUUUGAGAGAGAUCCGAAGGCUAAUGAUUUGAAGUGGGAAGAUGGAGUGCUCAGUCAUUCAAUAGGCUCUGAUAUUUUCUGAAGGAUCUCAAUCUCAGCAGAAAAAAUUAGCUUUGUUUAUAUGAGUACCAUUCAACAAUAAAUCCAUUGAUAACAUGAUUAGUAGCCUCAAAGAAAUCUCAAGGGGUGCCUUUAUAAUAAGAACUUGAGAUGUUUCGAGAUA